AAGGAGGAGGAGGGCAAGGAGGAGGAGGGCAAGGAGGAGGAGGGCAAGGAGGAGGAGGAGGGCAAGGAGGAGGAGGGCAAGGAGGAGGAGGGCAAGGAGGAGGAGGGCAAGGAGGAGGAGGAGGAAGAGGAGGAGGAGGAAGAGGAGGAGGAGGAAGAGGAGGAGGAGGAAGAGGAGGAGGAGGAGGGCAAGGAGGAGGAGGGCAAGGAGGAGGAGGAGGUGGAGGAGGAGGAGGAAGAGGAGGAGGAGGAAGAGGAGGAGGAGGAGGUGGAGGAGGAGGAGGAAGAGGAGGAGGAGGAAGAGGAGGAGGAGGAAGAGGAGGAGGAGGAAGAGGAGGAGGAGGAAGAGGAGGAGGAGGAGGGCAAGGAGGAGGAGGGCAAGGAGGAGGAGGGCAAGGAGGAGGAGGGCAAGGAGGAGGAGGAGGAAGAGGAGGAGGAGGAAGAGGAGGAGGAGGAAGAGGAGGAGGAGGAAGAGGAGGAGGAGGAGGGCAAGGAGGAGGAGGGCAAGGAGGAGGAGGGCAAGGAGGAGGAGGGCAAGGAGGAGGAGGGCAAGGAGGAGGAGGGCAAGGAGGAGGAGGGCAAGGAGGAGGAGGAGGAAGAGGAGGAGGAGGAAGAGGAGGAGGAGGAGGGCAAGGAGGAGGAGGGCAAGGAGGAGGAGGGCAAGGAGGAGGAGGAGGAAGAGGAGGAGGAGGAAGAGGAGGAGGAGGAAGAGGAGGAGGAGGAGGGCAAGGAGGAGGAGGGCAAGGAGGAGGAGGGCAAGGAGGAGGAGGAGGAAGAGGAGGAGGAGGAAGAGGAGGAGGAGGAAGAGGAGGAGGAGGAAGAGGAGGAGGAGGAAGAGGAGGAGGAGGAAGAGGAGGAGGAGGAAGAGGAGGAGGAGGAGGUGGAGGAGGAGGAGGAAGAGGAGGAGGAGGAAGAGGAGGAGGAGGAAGGAGGAGGAGGAGAGGAGGAGGAGGAGGUGGAGGAGGAGGAGGAGGGCAAGGAGGAGGAGGAGGGCAAGGAGGAGGAGGGCAAGGAGGAGGAGGGCAAGGAGGAGGAGGAGGGCAAGGAGGAGGAGGGCAAGGAGGAGGAGGGCAAGGAGGAGGAGGGCAAGGAGGAGGAGGGCAAGGAGGAGGAGGAGGAGGAGGAGGAGGAG